AUGGCGGACAGGAAGCCACGGGGCUCGGACACGCCCCCCAAGUCGGGCCUCCGCAGCUGGAGUGCGGACAGCUACGUCUGGCGGGGGAAGAAGCGCUCCCGGAGCUCUCGCCCCGGGUCCAGCCCCGGGGGCGCGGCGGCGCCGGCGGCAGAGGGCACGGAGGAGCCGGCCUUGCGCUCCACGUCCUGUCCGAGGCGGCGGCGUGACAGGAUGUGCAGCUGCGGCGCCCUCGGGGACGCGCUGACGGCGGCCGACGUGGACUCGGUGUGUCGGAAGGCCCUGUCCCGGCGCUCUCUGCGGCAGAAGUUCCAGGACGCCGUGGGCCAGUGUUUCCCGCUGCGCCCCCACCACCACCACCGCAUUCCCUCGGGCUCCUCGCCGCCCUUCUCCGUGCUCUUCUGGUCCAAACGCAAAGUUCACGUCUCAGAGCUCAUGCAGGACAAGUGUCCCUUCUCGCCCAAAUCCGAGCUGGCCCGGUGUUGGCACCUUGUGAAAAGCCACGCCUCCCACCCAGGCGCCCUGAGGGACAUGGAGGCUCCCCUCAGACCCGGGGCCUCUUCCUCCUCCACCUCCCCGCCACAGACCCCUCCGUCCUGGGAGGACAUCUGCUGCUCCCCCGGGCCCAGAGGCUCCAGCCUGGAGGACUGGGACCCUUCUUGUCCCCACGGGGGGGCGGAGGGCAGCCACACCGACUACAUCCUUGUCCCGGAUCUCCUGCAGAUCAACAACAGCUGCUGCUACUGGGGCGUGCUGAACCGCUUCGAGGCGGAGGAGCUGCUGGAGGGCAAGCCGGAGGGGACGUUCCUGCUGCGGGACUCCGCCCAGGACGAGUUCCUCUUCUCGGUCAGCUUCCGCCGCUACAGCCGCUCGCUGCACGCGCGCAUCGAGCAGAACGACAAGCGCUUCAGCUUCGACGUGCGCGACCCGUGCAUGUACCGGGACCCCAGCGUGACGGGCCUGCUGCGGCACUACAGCGACCCGGCCACCUGCCUCUUCUUCGAGCCGCUGCUGUCCCGGCCGCUGCCGAGGUCCUUCCCGUUCACCCUGCAGCACCUGUGCAGAGCCGUGAUCUGCAGCCGCACCACCUACCAGGGCGUGGAAGACCUGCUGCUGCCUCCGCAGCUCAGGGACUACCUGCGACAGUACCACAUCAGGUGUGACGGGGCCUGCGCCAUGUGACGCGCCUGCAGCGUGGAGGGGAAAGGUGGCGCCAGCAAAGGCCUGAUGGCGUGGCAAAGAGGUCUUUGCAGAACUCUGAGGUCCAAAAGGUGCAAAAGUGGAGACUUUUUGGAGGUGUUUGUGGAUAUAUGAGAACCCAACUGGUCUGAUGCAGGGGAUUUGGACUUUUCUGCCACAUUUUAAGGGAGUCUAAAGUCCAGAUCCUGCUGGAACACCUGCAAUCAGGCAAACAUUCUCCAAGACACCUCCCUAAUAUCCUCGAUGGAGUGAAGAUUCUCGCCCUCACCUUUCUGUGGAGCAUUUCCUCCCUUGCACUCAAUCAAUGAUUCAUCAUGUGUCGCCUCCAAGGGGCCACCAGAGGAAAUGCAUCUCCCUCGUCCUGCCGGAGACCGGCCCUCCUGUCAUGUCCUCAUCGAAAUGAAAUACUGGCAUGUGGCAGGAGGCCUUUUCUCAGGUACCUUUACCAACGUCUGAAUGGAGCAGUCCUCAUAGUCUCGUAGGCAGCCAGAGUCAAACACUAAGAUUUAACAUCUCAAGCACAUUGCUCUCCACUGAUGAGGGACCACGUUCUCCGCAGUGCAGCUGGCUAGAUGGAGAGCUUCCUACUAGCAACAGUCACCAUUUCCUUUAUCACUGGUGAAGGAAACAGUUGAAUGUCCCUUGAUGUACUAGAAAAGAUGCUUUGCUGUUGUCCUUUUCCCAAUCAGAGCUGUCAGAGGUACCAGAAAAAGCAUUUGAUAUCCAGUUAAAACUCCCUUCCAACUAAACAACAUUUACUUUAUUGUAAGACUCUGGUUGGGGGGAGGUGCCACAGAGGUGGCACAUAUAGAUCUUGUGGAAGUCAAACUGUCCAAAAACCACAUCUUCCUCCAAAGACUUAGUGUGCAGACUGAGUUUGUGAGUCACGUUUUCCUCCUGGAGGGAAAGUUGAGAGACGAGAAGACGGUUUUCCAUCAAAAGACAUUUAAAUGAGAGCUUCAGCGGCCUGCUUUCAUC